AUGUCUGCAGGUCAUAGAAAUAGCAAGGCGUUUAUAACGCAUGACGGGUUGAUGGGCGUCAUGGAGGCCGUGCACUUUGGAGUAUCGAUGAUAGGCAUACCGGUGUUCGGCGAUCAGCAGUCUAAUAUCGCCAACUGUGUCGAAAAGGGCAUAGCCAUCGAAUUAGAUCAUCGACAGGUUACUGUACAAAAAUUGAUCAAAAGCAUACAAGCCAUCAUCAUAGACAGCAGGUAUAAAAACCAUACAAUACCCUGUAGAAAAUGACAAAAGUACCUAGUACCUACCUACAUAGUUUAUCACUGUGUUUAGUUCUUAUCGGUGGCAAACUGUACUGUAAGUCGGAUAACAUAGGUGCAAAUAGACCAUCAACUUUGGGGGUGCUAAAAUUAUGGACAUAUCAAAGACCCAUGGGAGCUACGCUCCCACAAUCUCCUUUGAACAACUUUUACAAUAGUCAACUUUCAUGUACAAUUUUAUAUUGUAAGUGUAGCGAAGAAUGUAUUGGUUUUACAAAGAUGUUUAUUUUUUUUUUUUUAUGUAAACACUUAUGUGAAAUUUUCUUGGCGUAACACUUUUUAAUAUUUUGAUUUUCCCGGCAAUUUUCUCAAUAAAAGGGAAGAAGUGAGAAAAACGGGAAGAUAUGAUUUUCUUUUUCUGUGGACAACUUUUCUACCAACAAUUUUACUCCGAUUUACAAUAAUAGCAUUUUUUCUAAAUUUAAAUGUAACUAGGGAGGUCCUUUAAAGAGGUCAUUUUUCGAUUUUCUCAAGAAUUUUCCCAAAAAUUUUGAAAAACCGGGAAAACCAUAGGAAAAUCAGGAAAAUCAGUACAAUAUUAAACAAAUAGGUAUAUUAUUAAAAAAAAUAUACCAUGUCUAUUUAAUUAUUUUAUCAUAAUAUGACAUAUAUAUUGUUGACAAAGCAUCUCUAUCAACUGAACUCUGCUCAGAAUUUGUUUUGAAUCUACAAUUUGGUUGAUGUUAAAAAUAGCAAUUUUAAAUGAUUUAAAAAAAUAAUUCCAUUACUCUCAGAUUUUUUUUUCUGUGCACAAAAUAAAUAAAAUUUAUAAUGAAAAUAAUAUGUUCAAACAUUAUUUAUGAGCCAAAAUAAUUGAAUCCACAUAAAAUUUCACAAACUAAAAAUACUCGAUAAUUUAAAAUGUCUCUAGAAAAGACUAUAAAAAAAAUCACACAUAGUGAAAUUGGUAAAGUAUAAAUAUUAAAUAAAUAAAUAAAUAUAAAACACACCAUCAAUCCUCUUUGGCGACCAAAUAUUAGUAUGCGAUCAACUCCAGGUCCCGUAUCACAAAUGAACCAUUGCUUACAAAAAAAACGAUUCUGAGCAGAGUUCAAUUGAUAGUGAUGCUUCGUCAACAAUGUAUAUGUCAGUUAGUAGUAACAUAAGUAAAUAGGCUUUAUAUAUUUCCUGUCAUAUAGACGUUAUCGCAGUUAUUUUUGGAUUUAUCUAGUUUAUUUGCUGUUAUUUUGUACAAUGUUUGAUACAAAAAAAAAACAGUAAAUAGCGGUUGUCGACUUUUAAACGAUAAGUAUUGGUGCAUACGCUUUUGGAAAUGGUUGAAUAUUCAACUCUAUAUACAGGAUUACAGGCUGUCUCACGAAGAUAUACCCCUUGAAUAUCGCUGGAGAUAAUAAAGAUAAUCAAAUUCUACAUUUUUUUAUAUUACUUACAGGGAAGAGAAUUACAAAUAUUCAUAUUUGAACUAUUUAAUUAUUAAAUAACUUUUUAUUUUAUUAUUUUCGAAGAAUUUUAAGAUAGCCAUUCUGUAAAGAUUAUUUUUCUAAAAAUUGUAAUGUAUCACAUAUUUAUAUUGAAUAGUUUAGUUUAGUUUAUGAUGAAUAAUUGAGUAACAACCAUUUUAAAUUCUACUAAUCCGUGUUAUACGAUAACAUCGAGUUUCAUAAAAUUGUGAUACAUUAAAAUUUUCAUAAAAAAAAUCGUUUAGAAUGGGUAUCUUAAAAUUUUCCGAAAAUAAUAAAAUAAAGUUAUUUAAAAGUUCUCAAUUUUGAGAUGUCACUAUAUAAGUAUAUCAUAUUUUUAAAUUGACUUAAUAACUUAUGAAGUCAUUAAGUUAAAAGUAAUUUUGUUAAAAUAAUUAAAAUUAAAUUAUUUUCUAGAUGACAACAAACUUUUAUCUAAGAACUAAUGCGGAUUUAAACCAAGUAUAGGCAUUGAUGACUCAAUUAAUUUAUAACAAACUAGAUAACAGUAAUAAGGUGAUGGAAAAGGCUGUCAAUCAUAAAAUUUUAUUACCAAAUUUCGGUAUUAAAAAUCUUAGCUUAAAUCUAUCAUACAGAAAACAAAUGAUAAGAAUUUAUUAGUGACAUAACUGGUCAGGAAAGUAUUUGUUUUAUUUUUAUUUUUAAUACCAAAUGGUUACUGGGCCACACUAAGAGGAACUCGUGUAAAGACCUAAGGUUAUCUUUUAUCAAUCAUUUCAAAAAUUCUUAGAACACAGUAAACCACCUAGCGAAAUUUACAUAAAACCAUGAAUAAUUUACAUUAUCAUAAAUUAGCAGCUGGACUAGAUAAACGAAAUUGUUGAAUCAUAAAUCAAAUAAUAUAUUCUGAAUUCAAAGAUUCUAAUAUAGUACUAAUUAUCUGUUAUAAAACAUUAACUAAUACAAGAACAACUGAUACGUGGAAAACACGAGAAUAUGAAAAAAUGAUAAAUUUAAUAAAUGACCAUUCUUUUACAAAAUAAAUAAGGAAGUUAAUAACAUUAACAAUAUCCAUGCAUAUAAUGAAAAAAUUAAGAUAUAACAAUUUUCCUACUAUUAAUACAACAAUUAACAAUUAAAACAAUAAUGAAUUAGAACUACAUCCAUAUAUAAUGGAUCCAUAAUACUAACAAUAAUAAAAAUAAUGAAAUAUUUUUAUUAUGUUUUUAAUAAUUUAGCAACUACAAACCCGGCGAAAAUGUUCAUGGAGACGAUAUUGUGGUCUCUAUGCCCUAUGUAAUGCUUUAA